AUGCAAGAUGAUAGGGUAUACAGAGAUGAACGUGUCAGAACGUUUGAGGAGUCUGUGAACUACGACGGAAUACUGUGCAAUUGGAAUGAUAUUAUUGACUUUCCGUUAGCUACGCUUGUAGACGCUGGGUUUUAUUUUGCACCAAAGAAAAACAAGAUGAAUCGGUUAAUGUGUGCCUAUUGUGGAAAGUCGACUAUUUUCAAAGAUGCUUCAAGUUUGGCAAAAAUAAGAUCGAGCCAUCUUUCUGAUAGUGCAAGCUGUCCCAUUUCUUUAAUCGAGGAGGCAUAUGAAUCUUGUCAGAACUUUUCUAGCGAUGAAGAAAUCAAGAGUCAUUGGAGUCGGCAUGAAAAGUUUAAGAAUCCACUCCAUGAGUCGUCUGUUGCGUUUCGACUUAGUUUUUAUAAAAACUUUCCUUUGGACAAAGACGCGUAUAGGGCUAAUGCACACUCACUAGCCAAGGCCGGGUUUGUUUAUGCACCGCUUUAUUUUGGAGAUGAUAGGGUUACUUGUAUGUACUGUAAAUGCUCGUUAAAUUACUGGGAGCAAGACGACGAUCCAAUGGAAGAGCAUAUAAAGAAUAGUAGAGAUUACUGUUAUUUCUUGGAUGUUUUUGAAGACCAAAACAGGGCACGGAAACUUCAAUCUGCAGAGAGUUUGGUAAUUACAGAUUGUAGAAAGGGAAACAAUGACAAUGUUGCGGAAAAGCAGCUACAAUCAACAAUGCUAGCAGCCACCGCAGAAGCGGCAGUAACAACAACUUUGUUUCGAGAUUCAGAGCUGGAUUCGGAUUUUUCUCAAGAGUUGAGAAUUUCAACAAAGGCUGCUCCUACAGCGCAAAACGUGGAUUCUGAUUUAGAUCAAUCCCAAUCACAAACAAUGUCUCAAAAUUUGGAUUCUGGUGCAGAAUUUUCUCAAGUAUCCAUUCUACCAAAGAAGAAACUAGCGAGUAUACCUUUGAAAACCUUAGAAGCCUCCCAAUCUCAUACCACAGAAGCUGCUGUUUUGGAAAAUUCUUUGCAAAGACUGUCCUUGCCUGAAAUAAAACCUACGCGUCUUGCUACCAAGAGUCAACCAAAAGACCUGAAGGCGAUCAAGCUGGCUAAAAUCAACAAAGUUACUGGCACUAGUUUGAACUUUUCAGAUGAUCAAAGUGAAAAGAAAUCUAAGAAUGUUACCAACUCCGUGUAUACUAGAACCCAAACAAGGAAGGAUCCCAGCGAUAGCAAUUUGGCACAGAAAAAUCAUGUACAAAUUCCAUUCAAGCACACUUAUAACCAAAAACAUUGGAGAGAUAAUUCUUUGUAUGGGAAAAAGGACAAAAACUUGGAAUACUGGGAUAAGGUGCCAGAUGAUAAUUUGUUACAGGAGUUUAUUAAUGUUUCAAAAGCACCUGUUUUGGGGACGGGGCAAGGUAUUUGUGAAGAAAAGAAAAACUCUGCCAAUACUCUCGCUGCGGAAGUUUCAACGGCCGCCAUUUCAGUUGAUGAUAAUGAUGAUGACGUUUCACCUGCCAAUGAAAUCAAUCAAGAUGACAACGAGACUCCAAUUAAGAGUGACAAGAAUAGCAGUGACAAUGAGAAAAUUAUUCAAUUACAAGAUGAAAUUAGAGAAAAUCAAGAGAGUAUUCACUACAGUGAUGGUGAUGGUGAUGAUGAUAACGACGCCAUGGAAGGAAAUACAAACAAUUUCUCUUCUCCCUCUCCCACUCCCUCAGAGGAAGAACCAUCCGUUUAUGAAAUCAGCUCCGAAGAGUUGUAUGAAGAAUCUAUAGUUCAAAUAAGGCCAAAAAAAACCAAACAUAAAAGAAUAGAGACUAAAGAAUUUGCAGCCUUGGAGGAGAAGAUCCCUGUUGAGAUCAAUAAGAAACGUUUGACGGAUUUUUCAUCUCCAUCUAAAGACACAAAAGUGAUUAAAAGAGCUGCUCCUGUGCCGCUUUUUGAAGAUAACUCAAGUGGACUACAUGAAUAUGAUGAAAGCCAUAUAAAAAAGUUAGAAGCAAGAUUGGAAACCAAAGAUGCAAUAUCAGGGACUAUCUUUUUGGCUACAGAUUCGUUGGGAAAUGAUAAAUCUGAGAAAUCACCAUCUCCAAAACCGAUUAAACUGGCUGCUGCAGUUCAAAUAGGCACAAGAAAGAGGAAAAGUGACACAUUGAAACCAAGUAUAUUUGAUCUGUCGUUUGACAGUACGGUCAACUUCACUUCUUCAAAGUUUAGAAAGUUGAGUGGCGAAAGUGAUAAUAAUGAUUCAAUAGUGGAGAGCAAAACGGAAAACAAUAUUACUUUGCUUGAUGAAAAUAUAGAAUCGGCAAUUGAACUGCGAGAGACAUCGCUAAUACCAAUUACCACCAAUCACAAAGAAAAUGAACAGGGAACAACGACCAAUCUGGAACACAACAUUUGCAAGGCUUUGAUAUCGGACUCGGCUGGUGAAAAAGAAGUUGAUGUGGUGAUUUCUCCAUUAGCGGAACAGGAGAUUAAAGCUUCUAGCACGGCGAACAAUUCUUUGAAUACUAAUGAUCAAAGCCCAAAUGUCUCGAAGGUAAAUUCACCAAAAAAAGAUGCAGCAGGAUUAAGCCAUGAAGAGAGUGCCGACAAACCUGAGAAACAGGAUGUUUUGUCAAUAAAUGAAGAGAUUUAUGACAAUUCAUUUAGAUUAAAUAAUGAUAAUGAUAAUGAUAAUGAUAACGACAAUAAUAAAAAUAAUAAUAAUAAUAAUAGCAAUGAUAUUGAGUCUGGAAAUUUCAUUGAGGACUUGAAGGUCAAGGACUUAUCAGAGAGGGCCACAGUCGAGGCUCCAAUAUUGCUGGCUAUACAGAGUAAUGAUAAUGAUAUUCUCCAAGAGAUUGGGGAACAUAUUGAAGAACAGAACGACAGUAUAUUAGACCAGACGGGACAAAAAGACGAUGCUGGCAAUAAUGUACAAUUGGCUGAUCGAGAAGAACUUGAUGCAGGUGAUUACUCUGAUUACCUUCGCGUUAUGCACUCAGUCAGAGAGGUUGGCCAGGUUGAUGUUGAGGAACAACUGGAAGAUAAAGUUGAACCUGGAAAAGAGUUUGUAGAAGAGAAUAAGGAUAUGACUCAUGAUUAUGAUACAAAACAAGUUGAGGUCGAGACUAGGAAAUUGGCUGAAGUCGACACCAUCGAGGAAAAGAGUUUUGAUAAGGCGAAUGACACAACCGUUGUUAUCACGACACUUCCCAGGGAUAUAGCAGUUAUUGAAACAAAGCAUUUUGAUGUUAACAAGAAGGAAGGUUCGAAACUUGCUAAGGAUGAGGAAAAACAUACUUUUGUACCAGAAACUGUUAAUAACGAGAAGGAAGCCUUAAAUCAGAUAGGUGAUGUGGCUGGCAUUGGAAAUAGCCGUGUCGAGACCAAAAAUGUUUUUAUUCAUGAAGUGAAGAAGCAGGGUGAUGUUGUCGAAAAACUUGAAAACCCUGUUGUUGAGAUGCAACAUGAAAAGGAAUUUUCUCACAAAGACGAGACUCCACGGGUUGAUAACGAACACCUUGACAAAACCAAGUCAAAGGAAAAUACCGAUGAUUCUAAAGACGAUGCGGAGGACCAUAUUCUUAUUCUUGCAAGGAAAUAUUUUACAAAGAUCAGAUCACCAAAUAACAAAAGAAUUAGGAAUAGACAUACACCUAUUGCUGUAACAGAGAAAAACACCACUGACCAGAACGAUUUUGGGAAAGAAGCUGCUACAGAGGUCAACAAUGAGACUCUGUCGUCGUCGGUGGUGCGAAGCAAACAGGCAUUGCCCAGUCAAAUCCAGGAAGAAGAAGAAGAAGAAGAAGAAGAAGAAGCACCAAUUAGGAAGCUGUCAUUAUCAAGUGCCAUUACAAAGGACCUGAUUCAACAACAAUCAGAGGCUGUAGUAGAGAGUGUUUUAGAAAGCGGUCUGCAGUCAACUAACCAUAUAUCAGGCCAAAAGGGAGAUUUUGCUGUAGUAGUCCCAGAGCAAUCAGUGAGUAAGCCAAGUCAACUAGGAGGAGGAGAAGGGGAAGGAGAAGGAGAAGACGGAGAAGGAGGAGAAGGGGGAGAAGAAGGGGGAGAAGAAGGGGGAGAAGAAGGAGGAGAAGACGAAGAAGAGAUGACUGCACCCUUAGCCAUGAACUCGUCCUUGACAGAAGAGAAGAAUGGAGAAGUUUGCAUUCCCAGUUUUUCCGAGAGUCAACUUCAAUCCACAUCAUUUAAAAUGAGUCAAUUUUGGGAUGAAAAGGUAAAUUUGGAGAAUAGUGCUCGAGAAUUGAGACAGCUUGCCAAAUGUGAAUUUGACUUGUACAAUGAUUUCAACGGAGACCUAACCAGAUUUAUCGCUGAAAUGCCAGAAGAAGAAGAAGAAAUGACUAUAAGAGAAUGGGUAGAGCAUUGUGCAAAUAAUUGUCGCGAUAUAGUUUACCAUUCUGGUUUGAAGAUGAACCAACUUGUUUUGGAUGAAUAUGAUAAAGCUAUCAAAAUGGUUGAGUCAGUGGUACCGGAAGAAGAAACGAACUAG